UUUCCGGAACUGAACUUUGUCCCCGUUUUCCUCCCAAAUUUAGAAGAAUUUUAUGUAGCCUAGCAAUUUCUGCCUCUUGAAUUGCAAGGCCAACAUCAGAUGUGAUUAUAAUGGUGAGCGCAGCAGUUUGCCACGUCUUGAUUCCAUUUGGCCUGUGCGUCGUUUUAGCGAGCAGUGCAUUAUUUGACAACGUUCUGGUGGAUCUGAGCUAUGAUCACUACGCAGAGAAAAGAGUUGAAUGGCUCCCCGCUUUUCUGGCUAUGCCGUUUAACUGCCUGGUCAACGUGGGGUACAUAAUUAUGGGCACUUUUUGGCUCCUUAAACGCAUGCAACCUCGCGACAGUAAGGAAUGCUAUUUCAAGGAUGUGUUUGCUCUCAUGGCCAUUUUGUAUGGACCUGUACAAUGGAUUCGUCUUUCGUCUCUAUCGCGGACUCCGGCAGUUCUGGACCAGUGGUUUACACUACCCAUUUUCGCGUGGGUUCCGAUCUGGGGUCAUUUUAUAGAGCACGGUUGGUGUCCGCGAUAUGUGCUGUUCGCCGAGUCCAUUUCCAUCCUGAGCUACGCACUAGCCCUGUUUCACGACCUGGGAUUUGAUGCUGCAUUGGUGUGUCACGUCUCUAUUGCUGUAUUCAAAGGCGUCAGGAUUCAAAGAAGUCACGGAAAUGCAACUUCAUUGCGCUACCUAGUGUUUGCUGUGCUGUCGUGCAGCGGCUUCGUUGUGCUGAAACUUUUGGAUCUUAGUCUGGCACACCACUGGUUGUUUCAAAAUCUUACCGGACACUUUUGGUCCAAAAUAUGUGACAUUCUUCAAUUCCAUUUUAGCUUCUGCUUUCUUACCUGCCUCAAUAAUAAAGGACAGAAAAUGACUUAGAUAAAAUGGGUCAUGAAUGAUGACAUGAAAAACACUUUGCCAAUGCAGCAGUUUGUCAGUUCAUUUAUUUUGGACAAAACAAUAUUAAAGGAAUAUUUUCAG